AAAAUUUUCAAAUCGUACAUGAUGAUGAUCAAGAUUAUGUAUGCAUGCAAUUCGGUCGUGUUAGUGAUGAUGUUUUCACAUGCGAUUUCAAAUAUCCAUUAUGUGCUGUUCAAGCAUUUGGUAUUGCUCUAUCAUCUUUUGAUGGAAAACUUGCGUGCGAAUAA